AUGGCAGAACUUAGAUCUCUUCGUAAGCGGGAACACCAGAUAGUGAAGGCUUUCGACAGCGUGCAACAUUUUCUCCAGAAAUACGACCAGGAGACUGAUAGCGGGCAAGUGAACCUUCGGCUGCAUGGACUUGAGGAAGAUUUUAAGGAUUUUCUUGUGGUUCGGAGUAAGCUUGAGUUGCUGCUGGAAGAUGUUGAGGUCCAGAAACAUGCUAAAUCUGACCCAGACUUGAAGCAGGAGGCGUUGGAACAUAUGGACGAUGAAAAUGAUCGUAUUAUGCAGGAAUUUCGUGAUCGAUUCUACGCACUGAAGGCGGCGCUUGUGACUUUGCUACCACAUUUCCUACCCCCACCAACGCCACCAUCACAAAGAGGUCCCCAUUCAUCAAUUGCAGGAGAUGAUGUUUUCGGUGUGCACCCAACGCCGACAUUUUCAAAAGUGAAGCUACCUGAAAUCCGUUUACCGUCGUUCAGUGGUAAGAUCUUCGAGUGGGUAACUUUUCGCGACACCUUUCAAAGCCUCAUUCACAACAAUCCUCAGUUGACCGACAUGGACCGUUUCACCUACUUGAGAUCAUCGUUAUCAGGAGACGCAUUGCAGGAGAUUAGUUCUGUGGGCUUGUCAGCCGUAAACUACAACGUUGCAUGGGAAAUGUUAGCGAACCGUUAUGAAAACAAGAAGUUGAUUGUGAAGGCUCAUCUCGACGCACUGUUCGCUACAGAAGGGCUCAAGAGAGAGAGCUAUGAAAAACUCAACAGUCUCAUUAGUGAGUUUGAGAAAAACCUUCAGAUGCUGGACAAGAUUGGGCAAAACACCUCCGAGUGGAGCACCAUUCUCGCAUACAUGUUGUGUUCUAAACUCGAUUCCGCCACGCUGCGUCAGUGGGAAACUCAUCACAAUUCAAAAGAUGUACCCACGUAUACUGCUAUGCUCGGCUUCUUGCGCAAUCAUUGUGAUGUACUCCAGUCAGUGGCUCCUGCUAAAUCCAACUUCGUCGAUCAUCGUUCCUCGAAACCAGCUGUCUGUCACACAGUGGUGAAAACGUCAAACAGAUGCGCAUUCUGCAGUGACUCGUGGCAUCCUGCUUUCCAGUGUUCUGCAUUUCAACGGAUGAACGUUCCAGAUCGUGUCGAGGCUGUCGCUAAACACAGACUGUGUCGAAACUGUCUGCGUCCAGGACAUUACGCAAAUUCCUGCGAGAGAGGGGUCUGCCGUCAUUGUCAACAGAAGCACCAUUCCAUGCUGCAUGGACCAACCAGAUCCUCCGUUCCACACUCGCAGCCGAAACCUCCGACACAAGACGAGCAAUCGCGACCGCCAAAGGCUAAGCAACACAAUUCGAACCAACACACACACACCACCACUGCCAGCUCGCAGCGCACAAACAACACACCUCCAGCCACCAACACGCCCACCACAAGUCAAAAUUAUGUCGCACUCCCCAUCACACCUACACACAACAUACUUCUGUCUACCGCUCUCGUUACAAUCAAAGAUCGUUUUGGUAGAGCGACGCUGGCACGAGCCCUGCUAGACUCGUGUUCCCAGCACUGUCUAAUGACUGCCAGUUUUGCGAGCAAGCUACAGUUCCGUGAGACUCCUACGUAUUUGUCGGUUCAAGGGAUUGGAUCAGCUCGAUCGGUUUCCACCAAAUUAGUUAGUGCAGAGGUCGGUCCUAGGUCUAGGAUCAUUUCGCCAUUCACUGAAGAGAUGCAGUUCCAUGUGCUGCCAAAGCUGACUGUGUUACUUCCGACGACGAGUUGCAAUCCGGCCGAGUGGGAUCUUCCGGAUUCGACGUUGAUAGCCGAUCCCAGUUUUCACGAGCCUGGUCCGGUCGAUUUGAUUAUCGGAGCUGAAUAUUACAUGGACUUGCUGAAAGAUGAACGACAAAAAGCUACGCCAUCAGGACCGACUCUGCAGAAUACGGUGUUUGGGUGGAUAGUCUCGGGAAGAGUUCCCAACAGUACAAAUAGCGAGCGAUGUUCACUGGUGCACGUGUGCUUGACGGCGGAAAUCGAAGAGCAGCUCACAAGAUUUUGGGAAUUGGAGACCUGUCGAACCGCCAGCACCAAUUCCGUCGAAGAAACCACCUGCGAACAGUUUUUCAAGGAGACUACAGUAAGAGACGAGAAUGGCAGAUUUGUUGUGGCACUGCCAAAGAAGGAAUACGUUAUCAGCAAAUUGGGAGAUUCAAGGGCAACUGCUCUCAAACGGUUCAUGGGACUCGAACGACGAUUUGCAGCCAACCCAGACCUGAAGACGCUGUAUUCCCAGUUUAUACACGAAUACCAAACUCUCGGCCACAUGAAAGAGGUCAUCGAUGAUACCGCCGCAGGGAAGACAUUUUAUUUACCGCACCACGCUGUUCUAAAGCCGGACAGAAGACCUCCUCAGUAUCACGUUACGCUUCCGUAUCCACCGAUUUGCAAUAGUAGCCGACAUCGCCAAGAUGUACCGAAUGGUUCGAGUUCAGGCAACGGAUCAACCGCUACAACGGAUCUUGUGGAGAGAUUCUAUCGAAGAGCCAAUCCGUACUUUCGAAUUGACGACCGUUACGUACGGUACCGCGUCUGCGCCUUAUUUGGCCACAAAAUGCCUGCAAAGUUUAGCCGAGGAAGGAGAAGAAAUGCUGCUGCAGAUGCUGCUAAGGUGCUCAAGCAGGACUUCUACGUGGACGAUAUGCUCUCAGGUGUAGACGACGUGAAGGAUGGAAGGAAGUUGAUCCAACAGCUGGUCGAGCUUUUACAGUCAGCAGGAUUUUCACUUCGCAAGUGGAAUUCCAACAGUAAGGAGCUCCUACAGAACGUGCCUGAGCAGUUGAGGGACGAUCGGUCGAUCCUAGAGUUAGAUUCGUCUAGUUCAACCAUCAAAACGCUAGGACUUGUGUGGGAACCCAGUACCGACAGCUUUCGAUUCACUAUUCCAACCUGGAACUCCGCGGCUGUAAUCACCAAACGAACAGUGCUCUCAGACGUCUCCCGACUGUUUGACCCAUUAGGUCUCGUGGGGCCUGUUAUUAUUCAAGCAAAAAUAUUCAUCCAAGAGUUAUGGAAACAAGAGUGUUCUUGGGACGAACCUCUCCUGCCAGAGCUACAGGAAUAUUGGCAAGAGUAUCGGAGAAACCUUGCUGGUUUGGAUAGCCUCUCUGUUCCUCGGUGGGUUGGGCUAUCUAGCAACAUUGUAGCAGAGGAGCUACAUGGGUUUUGUGACUCCUCUGAAGCAGCUUACGGAGCCUGUAUUUAUAUUAGGACAGUUACAGAGACUGGAUCUGUAACCGUGCGGCUGCUGACAUCCAAAUCGCGGGUUGCUCCACUUGAAAACCUGAAGAAGAAAAAGAAAAGGCAGUCCAUACCUCGCUUGGAGUUGUCGUCAGCACUGUUGCUCGCUCACUUGUACGAAAAGGUCGUACAAAGUCUCCGCAUCUCCGUUAGAUCAUUCUUUUGGACGGAUUCGAUGAUCGUUAAGUGCUGGCUUUCGUCAUCGCCAUCAAGAUGGAAGCAAUUCGUCGCUAAUCGAGUUUCCGAGAUCCAGCAUAUCACGAAGGAAGGUACCUGGAAUCACGUCGCAGGUGUAGAAAAUCCAGCAGACUUAGUUUCGCGUGGGAUGAUCCCAGCACAGCUUCAGUACCAAUAUGUUUGGUUUGACGGACCUCGCUGGUUGCUGUUGGAAGAAGCCUAUCGCCCUCAGUCCCGCCAGAUUAGAGAAGAAGACAUUGUAUCAGCUGACUUGGAGGAGAAAACCACCACGUUAGUCCUUCAGGCAAGCACUCCCAGUGAGAUCUUCAACCUACGAUCGUCACUGUCGGAGUUAGUUCGCAUUACGGCUUAUAUUGGCCGUUUCCGGUUCAACGCACAAGCUGUCAACCGCAACUGUAGAAGGUAUGGGCCGAUCACAUCGUCUGAGCUUGACGAUGCACUGCGAGCAUUGGUUCGGCUUGCGCAAGAAGAAAGCUUUCCACAAGAACUUGCUGAUUUGUCCAAGCGAACCCACGUGCGGGACUCGUCGCGCAUUGUGUCACUAAAGCCGAUUCUCAAUAAAGGCAUGAUGUGUGUUGGCGGCCGGUUCCGACAUGCAUCAGUUUCACCGAAUCGCAAGCAUCCGUACAUUCUCGACCCACAUCACCCGCUGACGAAAAUCGUAGUUACUCACUACCAUCGGAAACUAUUUCAUGCGGGACAGCAGCUGUUAAUUUCGGCAAUGCGAGAGCGAUUCUGGCCAGUGUACACCAGGAACUUGGUGCGACAGGUAAUCCACGAGUGCGUCGCUUGUUUUCGAGUUCGACCAAAGGAUCAGGACCAGAUUAUGGCCGAUCUCCCGGCUGAAAGAGUAACUCCCUGUUCGCCGUUUCAAAGAGUCGGAGUUGAUUACUGCGGACCAUUUUCAGUGGUCUAUCCACAUCGUCGUUGCCGGCCUGUAAAAUGUUUCGUCGCAGUCUACAUUUGCCUUACUACCAAGGCGAUACACUUAGAGAUAGCCGCGGAUCUUACGACGCAGGCCUUCCUAGCAUCGUUGAAGCGCUUCUCGGCUCGACGUGGAAAACCCGAGCUGAUAAUGUGUGACAACGCAAAGAAUUUUGUUGGUGCAAAACGAGAGCUGGAUGAACUUCGCAAGCUGUUUCACAACCAACAGUUCCAGAACACUGUCGCAAAGGAGGCGGCAGACGACAGAAUUGAGUUUCGGUUCAUUCCAGCACGUUCUCCUAACUUCGGCGGGCUAUGGGAAUCCGCUGUCAAAUCGUUUAAGACACUCUUCAAACGUACGAUUGGCUUGCAUACCUUGGUGUACGACGAAAUGCAGACAGUCUUGAUUCAGAUUGAGGCGAUUCUGAACUCACGACCGCUCACCCCCGUUAGCAACGAUCCAGACGAUUUUGAAGCUCUGACACCAGGACAUUUUCUAAUACAGCGACCCUUAAUGGCAAUUCCGGAACCAGAUCUUGGAGAGAUCCCGGAAAAUCGGCUGUCCGCCUGGCAAAAAGCACAGCGAUUCACACAGGUUCUGUGGAAAAAAUGGUCGACGCAGUAUUUGUCGAAUCUGCACAAUAGGACGAAGUGGACACGCCAAAGAGACAACAUACGUGUGGGCACUAUGGUUGUUCUCAAAGAAGAAAAUUUACCUCCGUUGAAAUGGCACCUAGCGCGUGUGACGGAGAUUCAAACUGGUCCAGAUGGGAAUGUACGAGUGGUUAAAGUACGAACAAAGGAUGGUAGCUACCAACGAGCAAUCUCGAAGAUAUGCGUGCUACCCAUCCGCGAUAAUAUUUCUUUACCAACCGAGGAGGACUAG